AUCAAAUUUUUGUAUUUUGAAGACAAAAUGAGUAAACGUGCUUGCGGUCUUGUUAUAUUCCGUCGUAUUCAAGGACAAAUUGAAUAUUUGCUAAUGCAAACGUCCUAUGGAAAUCAUCAUUGGACACCACCAAAAGGUCACGUCGAUCCUGGCGAAUCGGACAUGGUAACGGCGCUUCGUGAAACCGAGGAAGAAGCAGGAUUUGUGAAAGAUGAUUUGAAAAUAUUCGAAGACGCUAAACAAGAGCUAAAUUACAAUGUCAAUGGAAAGCCUAAAAUCGUUAUUUAUUGGCUCGCUGAGCUCAUAAAAAAAGAUAAAAAUGCCAGGUUGUCGAGCGAGCAUCAAGACUUCAAAUGGCUGGGUAUUGAUGAUGCUUGCAAAAUGUCAGGAUACGAAGAUAUGGAACGAGCUUUACGACAUUUCGAUCGAUAUAUAGCUACGAAAAAUAAUCAAUAAUCAUAAUGUUACUCAUUGUUAUUCUUCCAUUCCAGAAAUUUCAGUUAAUAAUAAAUAUUUACUGAGCCUCUUAA